AACGGGUGAGUGGGUGGGUCACCUAGUCUUGAAAACGCCGAAAAGUCGGUCCAAAGGGGCGCCGCUCCUCCCAUCUUGCUUACAUCAUCCAUCCAUCCAUCAUCGAUUGAGUCACUGACAAUCUCUUCCGUUUGUCAAUCAGGAUUGUUGCAUGUACGUUUUACUAUGAAUAUUCUAACCGCCAUUGCCCAAGAAAAUGGCCUUGAGUUAGCCGAGCGAUUGAUGCCUCGCCCUACGCCGCGUUCCCUGGCUUGUCUUCCAUGUCGCCUUGGGACCGAUCAAGUCAUGGAAAUACACGGGGCCACGGGCACGGGAAAAAGCUUAUACCUAGCGCACAUCAUCACCCAAGUGCUCACUGGAUCGGAGAAUGGCGAAGUUUUGUUCAUUAACGUGGAUCACACGAUCAAUGCGUACGAUUUCCAUGACAUGCUGAGCCAACAAGUCGGAAGUGACAUGUCUAAGAAGCAUUUGAAGCGACUACUGAUGGUGGAUAUUUGUGAGCUUGAGGACUUUCAAGGCUUUCUUAACGUGCUACCCGCCGCCAUCAGUAGUAAUGCAAACCUCUUCUUGAUUGCUAUCGACUCGCUCGGAUCUUUCUAUUACGUCGAACGACUCUCCACUCGUAUAUACUCGCACGAUAGCUAUGUAAAACAAAAAUUAAAGAAAGUAAUGGACUGCCUCGGCAACAUCAAAAUUCCCAUCAUUUUCACGAAACAAGACAUUUUCAGCGUUAACGCCAAGACUACCAAGGGUCCCAAAUCUCAGGUCAAGACCUCUAUUCAAUUGGAGAACACCCAGGAUACGCACUUUAUCAAACGAGGGAUCCUGACCGAAACUCGUGGGCUUCGUCAACACAACCAUUGCUUCAAACUAGUCCUGACUGGAACGAAAGAUAUUAGGAUACAGCCUGACACAUCGCAUUGAUGUUUAUUAUUUGUAUAGCUCAUGCAAUCUGUGAUGCAUAAAUUUGAAGAGGAACAAAAGCUU